UGAGCGAAGUUUUCCGGCUUCCGGAACGCUUCGCAGAUAAGAUGGCGUCGGGCAGCGGGGCUAAAAACCUGGACUUCCGCAGGAAGUGGGACAAAGAUGAGUAUGAAAAGCUUGCGGAGAAACGGCUCACAGAAGAGAGAGAGAAGAAAGAUGGCAAACCAAUACAGCCUGUCAAGCGGGAGCUUCUUCGGCACCGGGACUACAAGGUGGACUUGGAAUCCAAACUGGGGAAAACCAUUGUUAUCACUAAAACAACUCCUCAGUCUGAGAUGGGCGGGUAUUAUUGUAAUGUCUGUGACUGUGUUGUGAAAGAUUCCAUCAACUUUCUGGAUCAUAUCAAUGGCAAAAAACAUCAGAGGAACUUGGGCAUGUCGAUGAGAGUGGAGCGCUCGACGCUGGAUCAAGUGAAGAAGCGCUUUGAAGUGAACAAGAAGAAAAUGGAGGAGAAGCAAAAGGAUUAUGACUUUGAGGAGAGGAUGAAAGAGCUCCGAGAAGAGGAGGAAAAAGCCAAAGCCUACAAAAAAGAAAAACAGAGAGAGAAGAAAAGGAGGGCGGAGGAAGACUUGGCAUUUGAGGAGGAUGAUGAAAUGGCGGCCGUGAUGGGUUUUUCUGGAUUUGGCUCAACCAAGAAGAGCCACUGAGCAGCCUUGGACUUUCCUCUAGACGGAGCUUGUUUUCAGCCCAGGUGAUACUCGAGAAUCCUUGGACGAUUUUGCAGGGAGUUUCUGUCUCGGUGCCCUGAUAGGCAUCGGCAGUGAGAGUUGGGAAGCAAUUCCAGGCCUUUCCUGUGUGAGGCUGGCUGUGCCCUCCUCCUCGGCAGCACCCGCCUGCCUGCAAAGAUAGCCCCACACUUGCCUGUACAAUGGUAAACCUCAAUAUCAAAUAAAGAACUUUUAAAUUAGCAUCCUGCCUUCCCCCAAGUCCUUCCGGUGCAUUGGGUAGAUCUGUUGCCAUCCUUCCUUCCUUUGGAAUCUCUUCAUUUCCCAUGAAUAGGCUGCAGUUGUUUCUUCUGGAGCCCUGACUUCCCGGGGCUCACCUGAGGCCCCCCCCUCUUCCCUGCCUGCUUCCCACUUUGCGUUGUAUGGCCUUGUGUGCACGAGAGACAUUCUUCUGCCUAUCCUUUUCUAUUAAUAAACAGAUAAAAUCCCAUA